GCUGUGCAGGGAAGGAAAGCUCCACGCACACAGCUCAGCAAACAGCGGCACACAGCUGAAAGGAAGACUCAGAGAGAGAUAAGGAAGGAAAGUAGUGAUGGAUCUCAUCCCAGACUUGGCUGUGGAAACCUGGCUUCUCUUGGUUAUCACCCUGGUGCUCCUCUAUUUAUAUGGAACCCAUUCACAUGGACUUUUUAAGAAGCUUGGAAUUCCAGGGCCCACACCUCUGCCUUUUUUGGGAAAUAUUUUGUCCUGCCGUCAGGGCUUUUGGAAGUUUGAUAUGGAAAGUUAUAAAAAGUAUGGAAAAAUGUGGGGCUUUUAUGAUGGUCGACAGCCUGUGCUGGCUAUCACAGAUCCCAACAUGAUCAAAACAGUGCUAGUGAAAGAAUGUUAUUCUGUCUUCACAAACCGGAGGCCUUUUGGUCCAGUGGGAUUUAUGAAAUAUGCCAUCUCUAUAGCUGAGGAUGAAGAAUGGAAGAGAAUACGAUCAUUGCUGUCUCCAACCUUCACCAGUGGAAAACUCAAGGAGAUGGUCCCUAUCAUUGCCAAGUAUGGAGAUGUGUUGGUGAGAAAUCUGAGGCGUGAAACAGAGACAGGCAAGCCUGUCACCUUGAAAGAUGUCUUUGGGGCCUACAGCAUGGACGUGAUCACUAGCACAUCAUUUGGAGUGAAUGUCGACUCUCUCAACAAUCCACAAGACCCCUUUGUGGAAAACACCAAGAAGCUUUUAAGAUUUGAUUUCUUAGAUCCAUUCUUUCUCUCAAUAACAAUCUUCCCAUUUCUCACCCCAAUUCUUGAAGUAUUAAAUAUCUCUGUUUUUCCAAGAGAAGUUACAAGUUUUUUAAGAAAAGCUGUAAAAAGGAUAAAAGAAAGUCGCCUCAAAGAGACACAAAAGCGCCGAGUGGAUUUCCUUCAGCUGAUGAUUGACUCUCAGAAUUCGAAAGACACUGAGUCCCACAAAGCUCUGUCUGAUCUGGAGCUCGUGGCCCAAUCAGUUAUCUUCAUUUUUGCUGGCUAUGAAACCACGAGCAGUGUUCUUUCCUUCAUUAUGUAUGAACUGGCCACUCACCCUGAUGUCCAGCAGAAACUGCAGGAGGAAAUUGAUGCAGUUUUACCCAAUAAGGCACCACCCACCUAUGAUACUGUGCUACAGAUGGAGUAUCUUGACAUGGUGGUGAAUGAAACACUCAGAUUAUUCCCAAUUGCUAUGAGACUUGAGAGGGUCUGCAAAAAAGAUGUUGAAAUCAAUGGGAUAUUCAUACCCAAAGGGGUGGUGGUGAUGAUUCCAAGCUAUGCUCUUCACCAUGACCCAAAGUACUGGACAGAGCCUGAGAAGUUCCUCCCUGAAAGGUUCAGCAAGAAGAACAAGGACAACAUAGAUCCUUACAUAUACGCACCCUUUGGAAGUGGACCCAGAAACUGCAUUGGCAUGAGGUUUGCUGUCAUGAACAUGAAACUUGCUCUAAUCAGAGUCCUUCAGAACUUCUCCUUCAAACCUUGUAAAGAAACACAGAUCCCACUGAAAUUACGCUUAGGAGGACUUCUUCAAACAGAAAAGCCCAUUGUUCUAAAGAUUGAGUCAAGGGAUGGGACUGUAAGUGGAGCCUGAAUUUUACUAAGGACUUCUGCUUUGCUUUUCAAGAAAGCUAUGCCCCAGAACAUGAGAGACCUCAAAUUACUUUGUGACUAGAACUCUGAAAUGAAGAUGGGCUUCAUCCAAUGUAUGGUAUAAAUAACCAGGGAUUCUGUACAUGCAUUGAGCUUUCUCCCUGUCUGUGUAUAGUGUUAUACUUGGGAAUAGAAAGGAGAUGACCAAAUCAGUGCAGGGGAGGUAGAUUUGGCUCCUCUGCUUCUCAUAGGACUAUCUCCAGCCUGGUUCAAGCACCCCUAGUUAGCACCAUUAACUCCUCCUGAGCUCUGAUAAGAGAAUCAACAUUCCUCAAUAAUUUCAUCCACAAUUAUUAAUGAAAAUAAGAAUCAUUUUGAUGGCUCUAACAGUGACAUUUAUAUCUCAUGUUUUACCUGGAGUAUUCUAUAAUAAGUUUUAUAUUAAAUCAAUAAAGAUCAUUUUACAAAAGUA